CCCAGGACAUCGCGCGGCAGUCUUGCCGCAUUCGUCGCUUGAUGCAUCGGUGACCAGCGAGAUUAGUUCCGACGUGAGUGCACAUGUGCUGGAGCGAGCCGUGCAAUUUGUGAACGAGCUGUAGUCCUGCUGGGGCACUGCACUGUGCAGCAGCACUCAAGCAGCACUGUGGGCUAGCGCUGCGGACAGCCGUGCUUCGGCAUUGCAACGUUGCGCCGUCGAUGCGCCGCGUAUUGCUCAUCGCGAUGGCGGCGUCCGUCCGCGCCGGCCGCGUCGUCGUCGUUGGUGGUGGUGCCAGCGGCUUCUUCGCCGCUAUUACCGCAGCGCGGCGCGGCGCGGAGACGAUCCUCGUCGAGGCGACGCAGAAACCGCUCAAAAAGGUGCUCGCGAGCGGCGGCGGCCGAUGUAAUGUCAUUCACGACCCGACGAUGGCCGUCACGGACAUCGUCGAGCGCUACCCGCGCGGGCGCCGCGAGAUCCGCGGGCCGUUCACGUCGCUGUUCGGUCCCGAUGAUAUGAGGCGCUGGUUCGAGGCCGAGGGAGUGGAGCUCAAGACGGAGGCGGACGGUCGAGUCUUCCCCGUGACGGACGACUCGCAGACCGUGGCCGACGCGCUGCGGAACGCUGCUCACAAAGCCGGCGUUUUAUUCAAGGGCGGCGCCGCGGCGACGACCAUUGAUGUGGCGGGCGACGGUUUCGCCGUCAAAACGGGCGACGACGCCUACGAUGCGGCCGCGGUGGUCUUAGCCACCGGUUCCGCACCAGGGGGCUACGCGCUGGCCAAGGCGCUCGGCCACGAGCCCGUGAAGCCCUGCCCGUCGCUGUUUUCGUUCCGCGUCAAGUCGCCGGUCCUCGAGGGCCUCGCGGGCCUGUCCGUGCCGGACGCGCGCGUCGAAUUGAAAGGCGCGAAGAAGAAACCGCCGCCGCCGACGCGGGGCCCGCUGCUCGUGACGCACCGCGGCCUCUCGGGGCCUGCGGCGCUGCGGCUCUCGGCGUUCAAGGCGCGGGAGCUGCAGGACUGCGGCUACAAGGGCACGCUCGUCGCGGAUCUGUUGCCGGACGCGUCGCCGGGCGCCGUGCGCUCGACGCUCGAUUCCCAUAAAAAAAAGCACGCCGGCGCGACGGUCGCCGGUGCGACGCGGCCCUUUUCGCAGCUCCCGAAGCGGCUCUGGGCGCGCCUCGUGGCCCACGCGAACGUCCGCGACGGCUGCCGGUGGGGCGACGCGUCCGCGCCUGUGUGGAAAUCAACCAGCGACCUUCGUCGACCUCCACGCCAGCGAGCAGAUGAAUUUGAUUCCCACACAGGUCCGCGCGGGAGCUCGACGCCGUCGCGGCGGCCUGCUCCGCUCUGGAAUUACCCUUCGACGGGAAAGAUACGAACAAGGAGGAAUUCGUAACCGCGGGCGGCGUGCGCCUCAAGGAGAUCAAUUUCAAGACCUACGAGUCCAAGAGCGUGCCGGGCCUCCACUUCUGCGGCGAGCUGGUCGACGUCGACGGCGUGACGGGCGGCUUCAACUUCAUGCACUGCUGGUGCAGCGGCUUCGCGGCCGGAACGAGCGCGGCGGACAUCGCGGAGGGGGUGUCAUAAGUGAAGCACGAACUUUUACAACCGAGCGGGAGGAGUGGGGUCAAAAU